AUGAUCGUAGUCGUGGACAAGGUGUCGGUGUUAGUGCUUACGUUAUCACAAUUUUUGGGUUCUUUGACCAUCACGUUCGCUGAGCUGUUGCCUUUAACACCAGGCUUCGAUCGAAGAACGCGCAUUUAUCUAUUUCAUGAACACCGUCGUCGAUUCCGAUUCUAUUCAAGUCCAGGUUUACACGACGAAAGGAGAUGGGACUUCCAACUCGUACCAGCAGCGGAACAUGUAUCGAAUGUCUUCUUAGGACCUGCAACACAGGUUGCCUGCUACUCGCGUCUUGAUAACUCUCUCGUGAAAUACGACAAAACGCUUCUACGGCGGUUCCGGUGGCCGGCGCCUGGGAGAAACUUGACUAUUGGCGCCAAGCACUAUGCGGCCCAAGACCCUUAUAGACUUCACGAGCCCGUUAGAGUUGAUCAUAUGCUGGAGGCUUGCCUGGAGCAUGGGAAUCAUUAUAGUUGGUUGAAAUCCGACGUUAUAGCGACAUGCGAGGCAUUAUCCAAGGUCAUACGCGGCGUGGGCCAAUUCAACGUGUCCUACAUCAGUGGAAAACUAUAUUUAGAAUCCCAUGCCUGGAAGCGGAAGCGAAGUACUAUAGAGAGCUACGUCGGUGGUUACGGUUUUCGAAGAGCUGCAACCCAGCUGUGCGAUCCAAAUAUGCUUGAAGCAUUUUCUACCCCAAAAGAUCCGGUCGGUGUCAAUGUCUUCAAUACAGUGAUAACCCGUACAUUGGGCGGUUUACAGCUCCUCACGGCUGGAGAGAUACAUUGUGUCCAGGACGACCGCAGUGGGCACCCCAACCGUUAUAUUGAGCUUAGGUGCAAGAAAGAUGGCCGCGAACCUCAGAAAUUGGCAGAGGAUCUGAAAAAGUGGCGGGUUCGGUGCCAUUUGCUUGGUAUCCCGGUCAUAUUUUUCGGAUUUAGAAAGCAGGAGAUUCUCUCAGAAGGCCGGUUUUUGGGCGUGGCUCAAAUGAACGAGCUUAUCGGACGAUCGACGACAGAAGGGCAACUACCUUGGGACGUCGAGGACGUUUUUGAUUGUGGGUUCAGGGUCUUGUGUAGGCUGAGGGAAUACUGUCAGGUUGCGGACGAUUGGAGGGUUGCUAUCAAUGAUUCCAAGAUGGAUCGAAUCUGGAGAGUGCAUAUGUGCAGGUCAAAGAUGGGAUUCUACAUCCGCGAGCUUACCAGAGAGGAGAGGGUCACACUGAGAGGCGAUAAAGCACGUAUCGGCAUCGUUCCUCAGAGACUGUAUGACACUCUUAGGGCACGGUCCGCAAUCUAUUAA